CUGAAAUGGGCUGGAAACGCUUUUAUAAUUAAUUAAUAAUUACAUACACACACUUGCACUGCGUUAAAUUAACAAAAUUAAUUAAACCUACAAUAAUAAAAUCGAUUGAAACGAUACGAAGUUCAUAAAUACAAGUGCGAUAAGUGGAUUCAUUAGUGUCUGUCAAGAGGAUUCUGAAGUCUUUUAUUCGCAAUAAUGACUGAAUACAAAUUAGUUGUUGUGGGUGCUGGAGGUGUCGGAAAAUCAGCCCUAACUAUACAAUUGAUUCAGAAUCAUUUCGUUGACGAAUACGACCCGACGAUCGAAGACUCUUAUAGAAAACAAGUUGUUAUAGAUGGUGAGACUUGUUUAUUAGACAUUCUGGAUACAGCCGGUCAAGAGGAAUACUCUGCCAUGCGUGAUCAAUACAUGAGAACCGGAGAGGGUUUCCUUUUAGUCUUUGCAGUAAACAGUGCCAAGAGUUUCGAAGACAUCGGAACUUAUCGUGAACAAAUCAAACGUGUCAAAGAUGCUGAGGAAGUACCCAUGGUUCUUGUAGGCAACAAAUGCGAUCUGCAAGCUUAUGCUGUUGAUAUGAAUCAAGCUCGAGAGGUGGCGAAACAAUACGCGGUGCCCUUCGUCGAGACUUCUGCAAAGACCCGAAUGGGGGUCGACGACGCCUUCUAUACACUCGUUCGCGAAAUACGAAAGGACAAAGACUCUAGGAGCAAAAAGAAGAAAAUGCACAAACUGGGAACCAACAGGAGGUUCAAAUGCACACUGCUGUAGCACCUCUCCCCUAUACAUAAUAUUAAUAUAAUUAUAACUAUUACUAUUAUUAUUAUUAGCUGAUUAGUUGAUUCUUAUGUCCUAAUGUUUCGGAGUGCCAAUCGCAUGCACAAAAUAUACAAAAAACGGAUCAAAUUUUAGACAAGCAUGUGAGACAGGUUUCAAAAGAUAAAAGAUUUAUAAUAAUUAUGUGGGGGAAUGCGAAGAUAACAUUAAUAGGGUAAUUGUGCCAUAACACAGGGUUGCCAUGGCAAUAUGAAAAUGUCUAUCUAGUUGCUGUGCGAUCAGGCGUAUUUUACAUAUAAACAAGCCAGGAAAAAUGUUAA